UGGGGAUGGUGGUGGUAUACUAGAAAUCAUUCAAGCGAUUCAAGGCUGCCCUAGAGCCAGCAAGGGCCCCGAGGCAGACGACCUCUCUGGGCCCCUUGUAAUUGUAAUCGUCAAUUAUUUUCCCAGUAUAUAAUAAUAUGUUUACAAUUUGAUUGGCAAUAUCAACAUUUCAUUCAGUAAUGGAAUAUUGACUAGAAACAUUAGGACUAAUGCACUAGGAUCUACAUCACUACUUGAACACAUAAAGUUGUUUACACGUGACUGGCUCGUAAAUGAGAAAAAAAAAAAAAAUGACGGUAAAGGCUCAAACUUGUAGUGUACCAUAGAAACAAAUCUCCAGAGUGAGGAAUGUUCCAUUAACUUUUCCUCAAAACAAAAAAAGAAAAGAAGGAAAAAAUCCACUGACCAGGGCCGGGACCCCUUACAGCCCCGAGCCCUGGUACCCUGCCCCACCUCCCGUCAGGUAUGAUGAGCCCAUUCCCCAGACGGGGCACGAACGUCGGGGAUCCCUUGGAAGACAAGCAUUCUCAAAAGGUAGUCGCGAGUCACUUCCUCUUGUCUCUGAUUAUGGCUCGAUGUCCGCUGUAGGUGCGAAAAAAAAAUGAUGGUAAAAAAGAUCGUGAUCGGUGACGAACUAAAAGGUUGAGCUUUGUCUUACAACAGACGUGGCUUUACCGUUGUAUGACCUCCAGGGUUCACGUCGACAUGGGGCGUCACUCUGGAGGAGCCUCUAUUACCAUUUCCGGGUCAUUCAGCUAUGAACUCAACGUUAGUGGAAUAUACUGACAACAUAUUCAAAGAAGAAAAGUGUCACCAUGGCAAUGAUGGACAAUGUCGACUUUCUUGUCUCACAUAUCCGGCAUUCAUUUAUUACAAGUGAUGACACGGGCAUGUGUGAGCUAAUCAUUGAGUGUGAUGUCAAUGGUAAUGACACUCGAGGAUCACGCACUUUCUCAUUUAGUGGUCCACUAAAAAGGGAGAUUUCAAACCUUAGUAAUGUAAGUGACAGUGGACUUGACACAUCAGAUGGUGACCUGUCACAUUCUUUGGACAUUCUUCCUGACAUGGAUUAUGGUGCACAUCGGCGGCGGUCAAAUACAGCUCAGCGACUAGAGAGGCUUAAGAAGGAGAAACAAGUUCAAGGGAAGAUAAAAACUGUCUCUUGGAAAGCUCCACAAGCAUCUUUGACAGCUGAAGAGCUUGGGUAUUUAUUUGAAAAGAAGGAUAUCAAAGACAACACAGAUCUUGUGCAACCACAGGGACCAGCGAAAGUGAUGUCUGGCUUGACCAAACAGCUUGAGAAUGUUGGCAAGAUGGGAGAGAAUCCAUUCAUGGAAUAUGCAAGAUUUGAUGGCAGGUCUAGUGUUGGCCUGAUCACUAAGAAGAUAGACAUUUUCUUGUGUAUGGCACCACCAGAUCAACGGCCCUAUCCCAUGACUGUGGUUGUCAUGUCAUCAGCUAAAGUUCAGGAUCUCAUUGGGCUUAUUUGCUGGCAGUAUACAUGUGAAGGAAGAGAACCCAAACUUGAGAAAAAUGUCACGAAAUACUGCCUGCACAUUGCUGAAGAUGAUGGAGAAGUUGAUGCAGAUUUUCCAAGCCUAGAUAACCGAGAACCUGUGUCAAAGUUUGGGUUUACCAAGUUGGCUCUUGUGGAAAACAAGCCAUCAACACCUAAGUCCACAUUUGUUGUCACAGUAAACAUUCCAAAUCGAGGCUUUAACAAGUUUCAGUUGGACACAAUUAACAUUCCAAUGAGAGCAAUCUUGCAGAAAGUCAUCAAUAGGAGAAAGAUAAGAGUUCGUCCAGGCCUUGAUUAUAACCUGGAAAAACAAAAAGAACCUGGUGUUGCUGUGGACCUUGACCAAACUUUGGCUCACAUGGACACAUUAGAGUUUUGCCUUGUCAGAGAAAACAGUACACGUGGAGAUUUAGACGAAGUACCCAGAAAUGAUUCUUCCAAUGUGGCUGAUUCCUUGACCAGCCACCAGUACAAGUCUUACAUGGUUACCAUGGUGCACAAACUUCGUGCCAACACAGAUGUUCAUCUUGGUGUGAGUGGAGAGAAGGUAGAAAUAGAUCCUGUAGCUGUCAGGGGAACAGCCCGUCUGUUUCGUCAACGUGCAGUGACCUAUGAGGCUGAUAGCAUUGCCGACUGUCAUUUGCUAGAGAAAAAAGCCAAUGUAUAUUGCCUGUGUGCAGGACGUGCCGUGUUCCGUAUGACAUACCUGAUCAGCAAUGACUACAAGCACCAUGACUUUGAAGCUGACCAGGAUGUUGCUCUGGAGAUCGUUCAGAAACUAAAAAACAUACUUGAGCUACGCCUCAGUCCUAUUAGGAAGGACUUUAUUGCUACACAGGACAGAAAAGUGAAAAAGCGUGAUUCUUUGAAGUAUUCUGUAUAGCAUGCAAAAAUGUAGGUGCGAAUGUGAGAGAUGGCGUGUGUGUGUUGGGGGGAGGGGGCAAAGGGAGAGGGGAUUGGUGGAGAGACAAUAAUGCAUGCAAGCAAGUGUUAAGUUGACACCAAUAUGUGUGUGCACUAGGGAUGUCCUUCCAUGGUGAUAUUAGAUUAAGGGGCAGGGAAGAAAAACUUUGACCUGUUGGCUGUUGCAUUUCCAAGUAGUCUCUUCUUUAGACACUUGUUUUAUUAAUACUUUCUGAUUAUACGUGACAUACUGUUGUCCUAAAAAUUUUAAAUAUCUAGUCCCUGAUAACAUUGGACUUUUUCUUGUACAUUACUAGCAUACCUAGAGCACUCUUAAUCCAGAAAUAUCAACCUACCUCCAGUAUAUUGUAUCUGCAAGUCUCAAAUCUUGUCAGCUAAAAAGAGGAGUUUGCAAUAAAAAAAAAAGUUGCAAUACAAAUACAACUCUAUUUAUUCAGUAAUACUAAUAUGAUGUAACUGUUAUGAUAUAUGAAUAAAUGUUAACUAUUUAA